AUGGGCACGGGCAUGGGCGGCCUCGUCGCCGCGCAGCGUCUGAGCAAGCACUUUGACGAGGUCGUCUCCCUGGAGAGGGACGCACGGCCACAGCUCCCGCCGGCCGGCGGCAAUGCCGCUGCCGUCGACGGCCCUAGCGCGGUGCACAAUGGCCGCCCCGGCGUACCCCAGUUCAACUUUAUUCACGCCCUGCUGGGCCGCGGCGGCGCCAUCCUUGACGACUCAUUUGGCCCGGACUACCGCUCACAGCUGCUGGCGGCGGGAGGCCGCCUGGUGGACUGGUUCACCGAGGUCUCUAUCGUCGUGCCCCCAGGGACCACGUUCCUCCGAAACCCGCCCGGCUCUGCCCCGCCGCCCGGCCUGCCCCCCAUGGGAAUGUACUCGGCCUCCCGCGCACUUUUGGAGGGCACCGCCCGCAAGCUGCUGGAGCGCAACCCCAGGGUGACAGUGAGGUACGGGGCCCGCGCCGACGGCCUGGCCUUCUCGCCUGACGAGGGGACUGGGGGCAGGCCGGCCGCGGUGGAGGGCGUGACGCUGGCCGGCGGCGGCGCCGUGGUGGGCGCCGACCUGGUGGUUGACUGCAGCGGCCGCAACACCCGCGUGGCGGACUGGCUGGCGGCCGCGGGGUGGGAGGCGCCGCCUGUGAGCGUCGUGGACGCGGGGGUGGGCUACGUGUCCAGGCAUUUCCGGCUGUCACCCGAGUCGCAGCACCGCAUGGAGGGCACCCACGCGCUGGUGGCGACUUCCAUGUACCCUCACACGCAGCUGGCCGUGAUUCAACGCAUCGAGGGCGGCGACUUUCUGGUGGGCGUGGGCGGCUACGGCGAGGACGAGAGCGGGCUGCCGCCCCACGAUGACAGCGCCCUGCUGCCCUGGGUGCAGCACAUAUAA